ACGACCGAAAAAGAGAAAAGAAAAAGAGAGAAAUCCAACGUUAAGGAAAACAAAUUCCUGAGAUUUUGAUUUUCUCAUCGCCUUCUCGCUUCGUUCUGUAUUCUGUGAAUUCGAGUUGAUAGCAACCUGUAUCAAUGGCUGACGUGCACAUGGGAGAGAGUCGAGAGAUGGAGAUGGAGACCGAGACCUUUGCGUUCCAGGCGGAGAUUAACCAGCUUCUGAGCCUCAUCAUCAACACCUUCUACAGCAACAAGGAGAUUUUCCUUCGUGAGAUCGUCAGCAAUGCCUCCGAUGCAUUGGAUAAGAUCAGAUUUGAGAGCUUGACGGACAAGAGCAAACUUGAUGCUCAGCCGGAGCUCUUCAUCAGGAUUGUUCCUGACAAGGUCAACAAGACCCUUUCAAUCAUCGAUAGCGGUAUCGGCAUGACCAAAGGAGAUUUGGUGAACAACUUGGGGACGAUUGCCAAGUCGGGGACGAAGGAGUUCAUGGAGGCGUUGCAGGCCGGGGCGGAUGUGAGCAUGAUCGGGCAGUUCGGCGUUGGGUUCUACUCGGCUUACCUCGUUGCCGAGAAGGUGAUUGUGACGACCAAGCACAACGACGAUGAGCAGUACAUCUGGGAGUCUCAGGCCGGUGGGUCCUUCACUAUCACCAGGGAUGUCAAUGGCGAGCCCUUGGGCAGAGGAACCAAGAUCACUCUCUUCCUCAAGGAAGACCAGUUGGAGUACUUGGAGGAGAGGAGAUUGAAGGACCUUGUGAAGAAGCACUCUGAGUUCAUUAGCUACCCAAUCUACCUGUGGACUGAGAAGACCACAGAGAAAGAGGUUAGUGAUGAUGAAGAUGAGGAAACUAACAAGGAAGAGGAGGGUGAUGUUGAAGAAGUUGAUGAGGAGAAAGAAAAGAAACACAAGAAGAAGAAGGUGAAGGAGGUGAAUCAUGAGUGGGAGCUCAUCAACAAGCAGAAACCUAUUUGGCUCCGAAAACCUGAGGAAAUAACCAAGGAGGAAUAUGCAGCUUUCUACAAGAGCCUCACCAAUGACUGGGAGGAUCAUCUUGCUGUGAAACAUUUCUCUGUGGAAGGGCAGCUGGAGUUCAAAGCCAUCCUUUUUGUUCCGAAGAGAGCCCCGUUCGAUCUCUUCGACACGAGGAAGAAGUUGAGCAACGUCAAGCUCUAUGUCAGGAGGGUGUUUAUCACUGACAAUUGUGAAGAACUCAUGCCAGAGUAUCUGAGCUUUGUGAAGGGAGUGGUGGACUCUGAUGACCUCCCACUCAACAUUUCUCGCGAAAUGCUACAACAGAACAAGAUUCUCAAGGUGAUCAAGAAGAACCUGGUGAAGAAAUGCAUUGAGAUGUUCAAUGAGAUUGCUGAGAAUAAGGAGAACUUUAACAAGUUCUAUGAGGCAUUCUCUAAGAACAUAAAGUUGGGUAUUCAUGAGGAUAGUCAGAACAGGGCUAAGCUGGCUGAGUUGCUGAGGUUCCAUUCAACCAAAAGUGGUGAUGAUAUGACCAGCUUGAAGGACUAUGUGGCAAGAAUGAAAGAGGGUCAGAAAGAGAUCUAUUACAUCACUGGUGAGAGUAAGAAAGCUGUUGAGAACUCGCCCUUUCUUGAGAGGCUGAAGAAGAAAGGCUAUGAGGUCCUUUUCAUGGUUGACGCCAUUGAUGAGUAUGUUGUUUCGCAAUUGAAGGAGUACGACGGGAAGAAGCUCGUUUCUGCCACAAAGGAAGGGCUGAAGUUGGAGGAUGAAUCGGAGGAAGAGAAGAAGAAAAAGGAGGAAAAGAAGAAGUCAUUUGAGAACCUGUGCAAGAUCAUCAAAGACAUUCUUGGGGACAAGGUAGAGAAAGUGGUGGUGUCUGAAAGAAUUGUGGACUCGCCCUGUUGCUUGGUCACUGGGGAAUAUGGAUGGACAGCCAACAUGGAGAGGAUCAUGAAAGCACAGGCUCUGAGGGACACCAGCAUGAGUUCUUACAUGUCUAGCAAGAAGACAAUGGAGAUUAACCCCGACAAUCCCAUUAUGGAGGAGUUGAGGAAGAGAGCCGAGGCCGACAAGAACGAUAAAUCGGUGAAGGAUUUGGUCAUGCUGCUCUUCGAGGCUGCUCUUUUGACUUCUGGUUUCAGUCUCGACGAUCCAAACACGUUUGCCGCACGAAUUCACAGGAUGUUGAAGCUGGGCCUGAGCAUUGAUGAAGACGACACUGGCAGCGAGGAUGCUGAUAUGCCGCCACCUUUGGAGGAGGAGGGUGACGAGGAGAGCAAGAUGGAGGAAGUUGACUGAAGAGAGAAAGACAUCCUAUGCCAUCAGUGUUUCUGUGCAGUGUCUAUCUUCUUUUGGUUUUCAGUUUUUGCAUUUUGGGCUUUGAGUUUCUAGCUUUUGUUUAGGACCUUGUGGAUGGUUUGUACUCAUGGUCAUCGACUAUGUUGCUUUUGACAUAAAUACAGUCCGUGUCUAUUUCCAGUAUAUAUUAUAGUUCUUUAUAUCUUUA